CAGAUCCCUGCGCUACUCGAUGGCGGCUGAGCGGGAGGGGGGCGGACGACCACGAUGGAGUUGCAAAGACGAGCAGCGGCGUAGAUUGAGCUGCGUUAUAACUUCGUCUUCCUGUGUAUAGCAACCAAGGACGGAGAAGCACGGCCCGAUAUGCAGUCAUGAAGCGGGUUCGCACCGAGCAGAUCCAGUAUGCCGUGGCUCAGUACCUGAAGAGGAGGCAGUAUGUGGACACCGACGGCUCCCUGAAAGGAGCCAAACUGUUCCAGUCGGCCGAGGAGAUGGCUGCCAGCCUCACAGUGCAGACAGAGUCGGGUUGUGCCAACAUCGUCUCUGCUGCUCCCUGCCAGGCGGACCCGCAGCAGUAUGAGGCUCAGUACUCCAGGCUGCGCUCCUUUCUCUCAGAAACAGAAAUAUCCUGGGCGAAGGAGGUGAGCAGCAUCCUCUACCCGCUCUUCAUCUACCUCCACCUGGACAUGGUGCGAUGUGGCCUGAAGGGGGCAGUAGACGGUUUCUACAGUCGUUUCCACAGUGCCUUUCUUCAGGACAGCGAGCAGCGUGCCAUCAUAGAGCAGCUCCGCCAUGUUCUCACCGCUCAGGACGUUGCAGCCAAUCCCAAGCUGAGUGCUUUCCUGGAGCACAAGUAUGUGGUUCACCUGACGGAGCCGGCCUACAGCUACCUGCUGCGUUACCUGCAGAGCGAGGACAACAGCGCCCUCUGCAGGGCCCUCAGCACACACCUGCAGGUGGAGGUCACCGCCUCCAGGCGUACGGACUACCAGCUGUACGGAACUGCCAGUGGGGCGACCGCCACCCCGAACUCCACCUCGACCUGGGCGGGAGUGGACGGGGCGGAGGGCGGGGAGGGGGUGGAGGUCCCCGCAGGGAUCCCGCAGAGCGAGGCGGCCCUGGACGCUCUGCAGGACUGCAUCAAGAAAGUCCGCGAGGGCCCCCCCUCGCUCACCACCGUGUGCUUUUACGCCUUCCACCACACGGAGCAGAUGCUCAACACCGCCGAGGUCUCGGCCGACAGCCGGCUGCUGGCCGCCGGCUUCGACAGCUCCACGGUGAAGCUGUGGAGCCUCCGAGCCAGAAAGCUGAAGGCCCGGCCGCAUCAGGCCGACGUGUCGCGCAUCCACCUGGCCUGCGACGUGCUGGAGGAGGAGGUGGACGAGGAGGACGGCUCGGGCAGCGAGGUAAAGACGCUGCGAGGUCACAGCGGCCCGGUGUUUCGCACGUCCUUCCUGACGGACAGCUCCGGGCUGCUCUCCUGCUCCGAGGACACGACCAUACGUUACUGGGACCUGGGCAGCUUCACCAACACGGUGCUGUACCAGGGCCACGCCUACCCGGUGUGGGACGUGGACGUCAGCCCCUGCAGCCUUUACUUCGCCAGCGGCUCCCACGACCGCACCGCCCGCCUCUGGACGUUCUCCCGCACCUACUCGCUGCGGCUCUACGCUGGCCAUCUCGCCGACGUCGACUGCGUCAAGUUCCACCCCAACUCCAACUACCUGGCCACCGGCUCCACGGACAAAACCGUCCGGCUGUGGAGCACCCAGCAGGGGGCGUCUGUUCGCCUCUUCACUGGCCACCGCGGCCCGGUGCUGUCGCUCGCCUUCUCACCUAACGGAAAGUACCUGGCGUCUGCCAGCGAGGACCAGCGGGUGAAGCUGUGGGACUUGGCGUCGGGGACGUUGUUCAAAGACUUGCGGGGACACACGGACAGCGUCACCAGCUUGUCUUUCAGCCCGGACAGCAGCCUAGUGGCGUCGUCGUCUAUGGACAACUCAGUCCGGGUGUGGGACAUCCGUAACUCCCACGGCGGGAUGCCGGCUGACGGCUCGUCCAGCGAGUUGGUGGGACUUUACACUGGAAACACCAGCAACGUGCUGAACGUCCAGUUCAUGGCCUGCAACCUGCUGCUGGUGACGGGAACUGCACAAGAGAAAGCAGAGCAGUAGCCACGGACGUUUGUGUUUGUGUUUGGGAGAAAAGGUUGAAUGUCUCCAGGUGUGUGUUUGAGAAUGUGGUCACCGUUCAGACUGUGGUUUCCUUCCUUCAAUGUCAGCACCUGCCCAGGAGUCAGGUUUUUGUUUUCCUCAUUAGUUAUCGUCAUAGAAAAGCAGCAAGGUUAAAUAUGUUUUAUUUUUUGUAAUCCUUAAGUUUCAGUCUUCAAAAACUGGUUUAGAUAUUCUUUUCUAGAGAAAUGACCUUCUGUCGCUGGUGGUGUUUUCACAUUACCAAAGUGUCUUCACUAGACAUCAGUGUUAAAGAAUUCCUCAGUUUCUUCUUGUAGCUGAUGAUUUAAAAAGCGUAAAGUUCUGGGUCUGGUGCCUUGGUGAUCGAAGACUGUUCACUCUGCUGUCAUGCACAAGUUUAAUUAUCAAUAAAAAAGCAGCAUAUGAAAUGUGA